ACCUUACUACUAGUGGUCAGUGGGUUCUGACGUUCUGUUGACUGUUGUCGUUACUAACUUACUAGUUAUUGUUCCUUCUUCAACUGUUCAGUCGUAUCUCUCAGUUAUUUAUUACAAAUAACCAAUCAUGGGAAAAGGCUUCAAUAAUUACAUGUGCAAGAAAUUCUUCCAUCCUGCAUCCCGGGACAAUCUGAAAAGGGUAUGGAUGGCCCAGCAGAAAGAUGAUGCUUACAAAAAGAAGCAAGAUGAACUUAGGAUGCAAUAUGAAAAAGAGCAAGAUCUAUACAACAACAAGGCAAUGUUGAGUAAGGAAAGCAAAGAUAAACUUAGUGUCAAUUUCAUGUAUGAAGCACCACCUGGGGCAAAGAAGGAACGAGAAAAAGAAGAUAACGAGCCAGAGUAUAAGUUCGAGUGGCAGAGAAAGUACAAUGCACCAAGAGAGGACUAUUGCAAAGGAGACUCAGAGAUUCAGGACCAGCCAUUUGGUAUUUUGGUGAGAAAUGUACGAUGCAUCAAGUGUAGGAAAUGGGGCCAUAUCAACACUGACAAGGAAUGCCCAUUGUACAACCAAUCAACAGUUAGUGAAAUUGCAACUGAAUCAUCUGAUGCCCUUCAACUUUUAAGAGGUAUGCGUGAAGAUGGUUUAAGGUUGAAGAAAACUGCUCUUGAUGCCCAGCAACAUGUUGAAGUUCCAAGAUACAAGGGUAUGAUCCCAAAUGACAAGAAUGAUGAUAAAGUUGAUGAUAAGGAAGUUGAAUAUCUCAAGAAAUUGUCAAAAAAAGAAAAACUCAAACUUUUGAAGAAACUGGAAAAACUCGAGAAGAAAAAGGCAGCAGAUUCUUCUGACACAGAUGAGAGCUCAACAGAGUCGUCCGAGGAUGACCGCCGGCAUGAGAAGAAAAAGAGUAAGAAGAAGCACUUGAAAAUUAAAAAGAGGAGAGAAGAUGAAGAUUCUGACUCAGAUGAUGAUGAGGACUCAAAGAAGGAGCGCAAAAGGAGGUACAAGAAGAAAAGUGCGCUCAAGACUAAGAAACGAAAAUGUAAAUCCAAUGACUCUGAAUCUGAUUCAGAAUCAGACAGUGAGCGGCGGAGAAGAAGAAAGAAGAAUAAAAAGAAGCACAGAGAGAAUAAGUAAAAAAUGAUAACAUUAUUAAUAACUUAAACAAAAUUUGUGCAUUAUUAUUGGAAAUAUGCUUUAAAAAUCUAUGCAAUUUUUUAAAACUAUAAUUAUAUUUUUUCAAAAUUUUAAAUCUUAUUUUCUAAUAGGUAAUCGUGUCAAUCCUUUUUUUAUUUUUAUUUUUUUAUUUCAUUGAUAAACAUAUACAGUAUUUGUUAAGUAUCCAGUUGUAAUU